ACCACCUGUAUGUGUUUAUAAAAAUAUGUUUAUCAUUCACAGAAAAUAAUAUCCUGUUUGCUUCAAUGUAAAUAGAUAAUUGUGUAUUUUCCAUGGGAGGAGAUUGUUUUAAAAUAUAUGCCUGUUGAAUGAAGUUAGUGUUUUGAAGCAUUUUGACACUGUUUUCUUAAUGUUUGUAUUUUAACUACAUCAAAAGAUUUGGCGCUGGACCUCAGAACUGUUUCCACCUCUGACCAGCAGGGGCGCCAUAUUACUGACGGACUCGGAAAGGAAGCGCAAAGCAUUGUGGGACUUUUAGUUCUCAGUGGGAGACGGUUGGUUUGAAAACAGAGCGAAGAACAAAACAAGACGUUUACCGCCGAAAAUCAAAAGCAAGCCCUGGAUUCAGCAUAACUACGAGCUCCAUCUGCUGCGAGUUCGGAUGAAUUCGGGUGGAUUCGGUCGUCGUACGAAGCAGAGCGGCUCACUUUGGUGAAAAAUAAACAGGAAGCUGUUAGCGUUGUGGGACGUGUAGUUCCGCCUGCAGGCCGCCGAGCUUGAUAACAGCGCACAGAAUAAAGAAACAACAAUAAAAUAAAACAAACUUAAUCUGGCGAGCGUGUUGUGGGCCUCGGCGCUGCGGUAAACAUGCCCGGGUUCACCUGCUGUGUCCCUGGCUGCUACAACAACUCGCACCGGGACCGGGACCUGCGCUUCUACACGUUUCCAAAGGACAGCACGCUGCGGGAGCUGUGGCUCAGGAACAUCUCCCGGGCCGGGGUCAGCGGCUGCUUCAGCACCUUCCAGCCCACCACAGGACACCGGGUCUGCAGCGUGCACUUCGCCGGCGGGAGGAAGACCUACAGCAUCCGAGUGCCGUCCCUCUUCCCUCUGCGGGGGGUCAACGAGCGCAGGAGUCGGCGGGGCAGAGGCAGGAAAGUGUCCGCGGCGGUUCCUGCCCCCGCCGCUGCAGCGACCUCCGGGAUUGUCGUCACCAGCGUGCUGGGCAGCACGGCAGAGGGAGCCGAGGGCAACGCCGGCGGCGAGGCGAGCGAUGACAGCAUCACCGUGGUUCAGAUAGGCCAGAACGGGGAGUACCUGGGCACGGCGCGGCUACCCGCCCAGUCAGAGGGGACUUGUUACACGGCGCCGAUCGGCGGCGCGGACGAGCUGACAGCCGACGACUCGUCGGUGGAGACCGGCUCCACCGUGCACCAGCCGCCCGUGCAGUACGUCAGCGUGACCAGCAGCCCGCUGGACCACUCGUACUCUCUGACCACCGGCACCACGUCGGCCGAGCUGCUGCGGAAACUGAACGAGCAGCGGGACAUCAUCGCGCUGAUGGAGGUGAAGAUGAAGGAGAUGAAGGCGACCAUCCGCCAGCUGCGGGUGACCGAGGCCAAGCUGCAGGAGGAGGUGCGGGAACGGGACCGGCUGCUGUACGGCCACUCGGUGGCUGUUAGCAUCCGGAAGAAAAUGUGAUGCGACGGGUGAACACACCUGGAGAGCCGCGAUAGAGACUCGGACUGACGGAGGAGGCAGCGUGGCUUGAAGACAGCAGAUCCAGCCGUUUUUUGUAUUAAACUCCGAGCGAUGACAAUUUAUUUUCAACAAGUAGAGCUCAUUUUUCGUAGGCCUGAUGUAAAAAAAAAAAACUGGCUGGCUAGUUUAUGUAGCUGAUAGUAAUAAACUCAUUGCUAAUCACGUUGAACUCAGCCGACCCCAGGUUCAUAACACACAUUGUAGUUUGCACAGAUCUGUGACUCCACAUUAGGCAGGCUGCGUAUUUAUACCCGGACUGAAGGGACGCUGACAGGAAGAUGCUCCAAACUGCCUAGUUGCAUACAACAUUUUCUCCUUAAGGUUUUUCAUAUGUUUGUAUUUCUUUACUUUUCAAUCCAAGUCAGGAGGUUGUUGCAAAAACAUCUCACAAAAAAAACAUUGCAAACAGUGUUAAGUGCGCCAAGAUGAGGAAUCCAUGGGAUGUUUUUAUUUUUUGCAACCAAAACACUAUUCUUGGCACACUUGUGAUUUUAGUCAGUCAAACAAAACUCUACAAUGACUGUAUCAGAGUUGCCUUUAAAGGUAGUUUAAGUAGCUUUCCUUUGUUUUUGUUGCUAAAAACAUUUGUGCAUCAGAAAAAGGAAUUCCUUUAAGCUUUAAAGGGCACUGAGAUGAUGAAUUGUUAUUAAAGGACGUUUCUUUGAGACGCGCAUUAAGUUACAUUUGAGCAACUGUUAUUUUCUCUUAGGAAAUCUUCAUAGAAGUACGUAGAAAAACACAUUCUCAAGGUACUUUAUGCAACUGGAACAUGUAAUGUUUGUCUCGGAGGUUGUUUUGUGAAGCAGCGGCUGCUUGUUUCUGUGUGAUUCAACAACUCGAUGUGCCUGUUCAUGGUCAGAUGUUUUCUCCACACAGAGGUUUCGUGGUUGCAGCUUUCUGUCCUGUUCAUGAGUGUUUUAUGCUACAGGAUGCUACACACAUUUCAGACUUUUUAACUCGGUCCGACUGCUAUGCUCUACUCUCAGUUUUAAGUAAAUUUCAUCAUGAAAUAUUCUCCUCGAGCAAUUUCUCAAGUCGUUAUUUUGUCCAGUGUCCCAGUUACAAAAUGGAAACGUGCUGUGGGUGACGAGAUCCUGCAGUGCUUGUUUGGUUUUUACCUUCAGGUUUACAGGGGUUUGGCUCAGAGACUCCCUGGACUGCUGUGAGGGUUCGUUUUUGUCUGUUUUAGGAAAGACGAGCUACAGAUUUGCAGUGGCUGCAGUAUUUUUUCAGCUGUGUUGAGUUGUGGAAAAAGUAAUAAAAAUUUGUACCAUAUGAAUCCUUUGAUCAUAAAGAUUUGUGAUGGAAACCAAACAUGAACACAAAUGAUCAUAUUAAAGAGCUGUUUUGUACA